CUCAUGGCUUUAUGGGAGUUGUUGCUAUCUCUCAGCCUUCACUGCUGGCUGGCUUCAUGUGCCAGUUUAAGUGAGGAAGGCCCCGCUGGACCCCUGGACUGGCUCCUCUCCGACAAGGGCCCCUUCCAUCACUCCCAGGAGUACACUGACUUUGUGGAGAGGAACCGCCAAGGCUUUUCUACUCGCUACAAGAUAUACAGGGAGUUCGGUCGCUGGAAAGUGAACAACCUGGCUGUGGAGAGGAAGGAUUUCCUGGACUCCCCCUUACCCCUCACACCCGAGUUCGUCCGCAGCAUCCGACUCCUUGGACGCAGACCUUCUGUGAAGCUGAUUACCGACAACCUUAUUAAAAAAUAUGGGACGCAUUUUCUCCUGUCGGCCACGCUGGGAGGUGAAGAAGCCCUAACUAUAUUUGUAGACAAGCGGAAGCUUAGCAAGAAAGCAGAAGUGAGUGACUACACAAGCAACAGUACAGCUGUGACUCUGGAAGCACUCCAUCAGCUGGCUGCCUCCUACUUCAUAGACAGAGAGAGCACACUGCGCAAACUGCACCACCUCCAAAUCGCCUCCACUGCCAUCAAGGUAACUGAAACUAGGACUGGCCCUCUUGGAUGCAGUAACUAUGACAACCUUGAUUCUGUCAGUUCAGUUUUGGUUCAAAGCCCAGAAAACAAAGUUCACUUACAAGGUUUGCAGGUAAUUUUGCCAGACUACCUCAGACAUACCUUUGUCCAGGCGGCUCUCGGCUACAUCGCCUGCAAUGGAGAAGGUGACUUUGUGUGUCAGGAUAGUGACUGCUGGUGCAAAUGUGACCCAAAGUUCCCAGAAUGUAAUUGUCCCUAUAUGGACAUUCAAGCCAUGCAAGAGAGCCUUCUUCGGAUAGCUGAAUCAUGGGAACUCCUAUACAAAGAAUUCAAGGAAUCAGAUGAGUUCAAGGCAUUCCUGAUGAGGUUGCCUCAAAACAUUUACCUCAACGCCUCUGCGAUCCACCAUUUAUGGCUCCUAGAUGGCAUGUUUCAGCGGCGCUAUGAGCUCCUAGAGAGCAGCAUGAAGGGUCUGUACAGGAGAGCCCAGCGAGUUGUGUACAAACUCUUCAGUCUGAGCAAGAGGUGUCAAAAACAGCCUGUUAUCAACUUACCACGUGAAAGGCCACGGUCAUACUGGCUGAACUACAUCCAGUCAUUACUCUACUGCUCGGAGAACAACCAGCUGGGCUUUUUCUCUGAGGAGCUGCACACCUGCAUUUGCGCAUAUGACCAAUUCUCAUGCCAGGGACCUACUCCAUGUUCUGUAGGAGAGGGUCUAGCUUGUGCAUCCUGUGCCAGUGACAACUACACUCGCUGUGGUAGCUGCAACGCUGGUUAUAUGCUAAGUCAAGGAUCCUGUCGGCCUAUAGUGGCCGAUUCCACUGACAACUACUUGGGUUUUGAGACUGACUUGCAAGACCUAGAGCUGCGGUACCUUCUGCAAAGGGCUGACCGUCGCCUAGAGGUCCAUGCUAUCUUUAUUAGCAAUGAUAUGCGCCUCAACAGCUGGUUCGACCCUUCAUGGAGGAAGAGAAUGCUUCUCACACUAAAGAGCAACAAAUACAAAUCCAAUCUAGUGCACAUGCUCCUGGGGAUCUCCCUACAGAUUUGCCUUACAAAGAACAGCACCCUGGAACCUUCCCUUACUCUUUUCAUCAACCCGUUUGGUGGGAGCCACUCAGAGAGUUGGUUGAUACCUGUAAAUGAGAACAAAUUUCCAAAUUGGCAGUCUACUAAGCUGGACCUUCCGCUUGAGUGUUUUAACUGGACCCUGACUCUGGGAAACAAGUGGAAGACCUUCUUUGAGACAAUUCACAUUUAUCUGAGAAGCCACAUUAAAACAUCAGGUUCUACUGUUAAUGAGAGUGUUUACUUGGAACCUUUGGAAAUGGCAGACCCUUCCAGAAACUUAGGGUACAUGAAAAUAAACAGCAUACAAGUUUUUGGAUACAGUAUGCAUUUUAACCCGGAGGCAAUUCGGGACUUGAUCCUGCAGCUGGACUAUCCGUACACCCAGGGCUCACAAGAUUCUGCCCUGAUGCAGUUGCUAGAGAUCCGAGACCGUGUUAACCGCCUGUCUCCACCAGGCCAGCAGCCUCUGGACCUCUUCUCCUGCUUACUCCGUCAUCGCCUCAAACUCACAGUCAAUGAAGUGGCGCGAAUCCAUUCUUCUCUCCAGGCUUUCAGUGCCCGACUCCCAAACCCUCUUGAUUAUGAGACAACCAAACUUUGUAGCUAA